AUGUCGAUCAGGCGCAGCUUGCUUGCGUCCUUCGCCUCACCUCUCGCCCUCGGAUCCGCACCUCGAUUCACGGCGACACCGCACCUGCCGGCCGCACGACUGAUCCAUGCAUCGAUAGCAAGGUCGGAGAAGGAGGCAGGACCGGUCAAGACGGUGUACGACUUACUCCUCGGCCCACACGCCUCGGCACAGUCUCCGCCGACUUCUUCCUCCGCCUCGUCGAACGCUCCAGCUGCUCUCCGGGGCCUGCCAUCGCCUCCAAACCGACCACAGACGUAUCAACGGAAGAGCCUCUUCCAGGCUUUCUUGGGCAAGGGCGACGGGCGGGAUGGCAGAGGUCGACACCAAGGUUCAGUCGACCUCGAGGCGGAGCGGCAGUCGCGAGAGCGGAAUUUGGAGACGGCGAAGGCGUUGGAGCGGACGCUGCGGUCAUCUCGUGGAACGGCGAUGUCGGGCGGAGCAGCGGGAGCAGGCAUGGACGUUCGCUGCACGACGUUGGAUGCGAAGGGCGUCGUCUCAAGCAUGGUUGCGCACGUCCCGAAAGACGAACUGUGUCGGCGAUUUGCCAUCCAGCCUCGCGACUUGCGCAAACUCGACUCGGGUGUGCCGACAAGCGUUCCGACCAUCCUGUCCCGGCGGGAGUGCAUCAUCUUCACUGUUCUUCACCUCCGCGUCGUCAUUACGGCGAACGAGGUCACCAUCUUUGACUCCAUAGGCGCCGAAGACAGCUACCUUCGUGGCAUCUUCGUCUGGUCGCUCGAGCAUGCGCUCAAGACGACUAGCAAAACUGCUCAUGGCUUGCCGUACGAGUUCCGAGCGCUCGAAGCCUGCCUCAUCAACGUAAUCACGGCGCUCGAGAUGGACCUGGCGAACGUGCGGAGCCAUGUUGUCGAGCUGCUUGGUCACAUGGAGGAGCAUAUUGACCGCGACAACCUCCGCCUUCUCCUCCACUAUUCGCGCAAGUUGUCCGUCUUCCAGAAGCGGGCGACCCUCGUGCAAGAAUGUCUCGAUGAGCUCCUCGCCAACGACGAUGACUUGGCGGGGAUGUACUUGACUGCCCGCAUGCACGGCACGCCCCACGCCGCCAACGACCACGAGGCGAUCGAGCUCCUGCUCGAGUCUUUCUCGAAGCAGUGCGAGGAGAUUGUCAGCGAGGUCGAGACGCUCGAGGCGAACGUCAAGCACACCGAAGACAUCAUCGAGCUGAUUCUCGACUCGAACCGGAACUCGCUGCUCGGCCUCGACCUACGCGUCUCCAUCGCCACGCUCGGCUUGACAGCAGGAGCGAUGAUCGCCGCCCUCUUCGGCAUGAACUUGACCUCGUACCUCGAGACGCAUCCGUUCGCCUUCCCCGCCGUCUCGCUCUUCGCCUUUGCUUCCGCCGCCUUUGUCACCGCCAUCGGUCUGCGCCGCCUCGCUCGCCUGCGACGCGUCAAUCUCGGCUGGCGUGAGGAGUUGCGGCAGGUUGCGGCGGACAAAUGGGAGAGGCGGAGGAGGGGUUCGAGGCGGAGAGACUGA